UAUAUCCCGUUUUUUCGGUUUGGUUUGGUCCCGCAAAUUUUCAAAUAUUUACUUCCUGUAUAUCAAGAGGAAAGGGGGUCCCCCUUUCAUGGAAUGCGGAAACAUGGGUCUGUUCGACCGCGGAGUCCAGAUGCUGCUGACCACGGUGGGAGCCUUCGCGGCCUUCAGCCUCAUGACCAUCGCGGUCGGCACGGACUACUGGCUGUACUCCCGCGGCGUCUGCAGGAGCAAGUCCAUGAGCGAGAACGAGACCAGCAAGAAGAACGAGGAGGUGAUGACCCACUCGGGGCUGUGGAGGACGUGCUGCUUGGAAGGAAACUUAAAAGGGAUGUGUAAACAGAUAGACCACUUUCCUGAGGAAACAGAUUAUGAAGCGGACCCAUCUGAGUACUUCUUACGUGCGGUGCGAGCCUCCAGCAUCUUCCCCAUCCUUAGUGUCAUCCUGCUCUUCAUGGGAGGCCUGUGUAUAGCUGCCAGUGAGUUCUACAAGUCACGCCACAACAUCAUCCUCAGCGCAGGAAUCUUCUUUGUGUCUGCAGGCCUGAGCAACAUCAUUGGCAUCAUCGUCUACAUAUCAGCCAACUCGGGGGACCCUUCAAAAAGCGACUCGAAGAAGAACAGCUACUCUUACGGGUGGUCCUUCUACUUCGGUGCCCUCUCUUUCAUUAUGGCUGAGAUGGUGGGCGUCUUGGCUGUGCACAUGUUCAUCGACCGCCAUCGACAGCUCCGAAUAGGGGCACGCGCAGCCGACUACCUCCAAGGCUCGGCCAUAACACGAAUCCCCAGCUAUCGCUACCGCUACAGACGUCGCUCGCGCUCCUCCUCCCGCUCCACAGACCCGUCACACUCCCGCGACACCUCGCCGGUGGGCCUCAAGGGCUUCAGCGCGCUGCCAUCCACGGAGAUCUCCAUGUACACGCUGCCCCGGGACACCCUCAAGUCCUCCGGCACGCCCACCGCCACCUACAACUCUGAGAGGGACCACAACUUCCUGCAAGUCCACAACUGCAUCCAGAAGGACCUGAAAGACUCGAGCCACACCAACACAGCCAACCGCCGCACCACGCCGGUAUGAGGGAGUGGACACAGGCCAGGCCAGCCAGGCAGAGACCAGGAGACACGGGAACCCCUGUGGGUGCAGUACACCCCAGGAGAAUAUGGAUUUCCAUGUUUAUAGACAUUUGUUCUUUUUGUUCAGCUGCAUGAUUUUUCCAUUACCAUUGUUGAGAGAGUUUCAACAAGUCUGCUGUGUUCCUGGAUUGAAUGGCAGAGCAGUGAGAAUGGGUCAGGUUGUCCCAAGAGAGCGAGAUAUGUCAUUUUUUGUUUGUUUAUGAGGUUUGGGGCAAUG